AUGACCACCUCGGUGGACCCAGAAUGCCCAGGAGACUCACGGAGAAGACAUCGCUGUCUGGAUUACUGCUUGGUCGUUUCAUUGGUGCUGCUGACCUUAGCCGUGGGGCUGAUGUGUGCCUUUUAUUUUGCCUGGGAGAAACCCCGUCUGGGUCACCAGUGGAAGGAACUCACGGACCACCAAAGAAACAAUGCGCACCUUGUGACAGAAAAAACAUUGCUAGGUAACACCACCUUGGAGUGUGACCUUGACGGCGUUGGCAACGUGUUCGUAGGAUCGAAUUUCAAGUGUAUCUCUAAGAAACUUCAGGUAGGCCAAAGCGGCCUCUAUUACGUCUACUCCCAGAUGGUCUUGAAAUGCGUCGACAGAUCUGCCUGCAAGCAGAAUGGCUCGGCGUCCAUCACCGUCCUGAGAAAUGGAGACAAGGGGAGCCCACUCCUGACACUCAGCGUCCAGAUCUCCGAGUCGGCGAAGACUAUCUUCCCCUCGUCAUUCUCGGGGAGUCUCAAGCACCUUUCCAAAGGAGAUCGGUUGAGCACCCAUCUCUGGACUGACCGGCCGCACGACGACUGGCAGCUGGACCAGAAGGACAACAACUUCUUCGGGCUCUUCUGGGUCAGUGAUUUUAACAGCGUGCAAAUUCACGAAUGAUCAUACAACAACAACAAAAAGGACAAAGACAAUAAUACCUCCAUGAACUCUGCACUACUCGAUCUUAUUUAUAUAUAUCCUAUGAGGUCAACAGGAAGUUGGAGACCACCAUGUAAUUCCAAAAAAAUGGUGGCGCUCUCUGAGCUUCUGCAUCGUGCUGGAAACACGGCACAGGGCGUCCUUACAAUCACAGUGUGAUAAUUGCCACAGAUUUUGUUUUUUCACUAGUAUCUAGUGAGAUCGUUUUAC